CAACGACUAGGCUUAAAUUAUGGAACUAAAGGAGUUCAGCGAAUCUGGAAAGCUCGUAACGCGCUUCGUUGAGUCUAAAGGCCAGCUACAUGUCAUUCAAGAGAAGGAUGUUUUAAGCAAUGCGGAAAUCGAAAAAAAGCAAACGCAAGGAUUUAUACGAAAAGGGCUGGAGAUAUUUUUGCCCGCUGGUUAUCCACAUACAGUGAGCCCAGACUACCUACCGUACAAAAUCUAUGAUACAUUGCAGACUCUAUCGAGUGCUAUUGCUGGUCUUCUUGCGAAUAGGGCAGUCCUUCAAGGCGUUGGCGUUGGCGAUGCAACGGCCUCACCAACAGGAGCAUUGCUGCUUUCCAUCUUUCAGGACUCUGCGGGCAGGAUAGCGACUAUCCUCUUCGCACACAGGCUGGGUAGCUCAAUCGAGCCUGAAUGUAAGCGGUAUAGGCUUGCCGCCGACGUCUUCAACGAUGCUGCAAUGAUCGCAGACUGCCUCUCACCGGCUUUUCCAAAAGCGUUACGGAUCAUGGUACUGUGCACAGCUAGCAUUAUGCGUGCUCUAUGCGGAGUCGCAGCUGGCAGCUCCAAAGCCACGUUAACGGCGCACUUUGCUCGCUCUGGAAAUUUGGGAGAGCUAAACGCUAAAGAUGCAAGUCAAGGGAAUGCAAUCUCAUUGCUUGGAAUGCUGUUGGGCAGUAUUGUCGUGUCGUACAUCACAAGCCCAUUGGCGACAUGGAUCGCCAUGCUGCUGCUGCUUACGGCUCAUCUGUCACUAAACUAUGCUGCAGUACGAGCAGUGAGCAUGCAGACUCUGAAUCGGCAGCGAGCUAAUAUUCUCUUCUCGAAUUUGAUUGCGCACGAUAUAGUUUUGACACCGAGGGAAGUAUCACAACGAGAAAGAAUCUUCGAGAGUGAUGGAGUUUUGCGAUGGGCAGAUGAUCACGUACUCGGGUCCGCUAGGAUCGGCUCGAGUUUUCGAGAGGUUGCACGGAAUGUUGCUGCUGGAAGCCAAAAAACACUGGCGAAUGCGUCUCAUGUCAAUCUCGGCUUGUUGAAGCAACUGCUGGAUAUAUUCGAAGACGAGGACUACGUAAUUUGGCUUGACACUAAGCGGUCGAUAGUUUUCAUUGUGCUAAAGAGAGAGGCAAGGCCGUCUUCCCAGCUCCAGGCAUGGUGUCAGGCCUUAUUACUCAUCUCUGAUGAAGGAAGCCAGCCCAAGGCACAGACUGCUUCACCGGAAGUAAUACUGGACCUGAUUGCAGGCUCUUUAACGAAAUCAGCUAAAUUGUUUGCGCAACACAGGCAGCACAUCAUAAAUGCGGGUUGGAAUAUUGACAGCGCAGCUCUCGAAACACAGUCUAGUCUUCGCUUGGUGUCCAUUUAAUACGCCUGGGUUAAGCACAGUCGGCUCACUGCGCCUUGCUUGAUCCUUAUGAGUACUCCUUGCCGCUUGAGAGAAGUUUUGGUACCUCCGAAUGAGGAGGCAGACCAGUUGGUCUUGUUUCAUAUGUGCAAGUAAGAGGCUUCGUUGGUACAUUGUUGCAAUAGCGACGGAGGACAGACACACCCAUAUGGAUCUAAUAUGAGUAUUGAAAUUCCGCUUUUGGACGCUAUUCGAGUUCAAAUAUGGCAAGAAACCUGCUAGAAUUGGCAUUUCGGGCUUUCAAUUUGUGGAGCAUUUGUUCCCAAGCUUGCAUAGGAGGAGAUCCAUGAUGAAAUGCGAUAACUUACUGAUAGACCGAAAUCCAUAGUAAUUUAGCCUUUUGAAAACAA